UCACCUCGUCUGUGCGAAAGAAAGUCUCUUGGUGCUCCAGCAGGGAAAUGGAUGUUCCACUAGCGUCAGAUUUAUUUUUCCCUCAUGGGCUGGACGUGAUUAUUUUUUUCUUGAUCUAAAGAAAAGGCAGGAGUAUGGGCAAAUUCCAGUCCAAACUCGCUUUAAAACGCAGACAGAGUCCCGAAGGUGGUAGUCUGGCUUCCAAUGUGGUGACUUGUCAGGGGGAAGUGGAGCGCAUUCACGUUCUCAAAAGCAAACUGACAGAGAACUUGUAUGUAGAAUUGAGGGAAAACAAGUCCAACCAUAACAGCAACCUCAAGGUGGUUUUACCACCAAAGAAGACACCAGACAGGGAGAAAAGCAUCCACUUCCAAGUUGAUAAACAGACAAAGAAGAAGAAAAGCCAUGCUGAUACACAGGACUCGCAGUGUGACACGGUGCUUGAGGAGGACUCUCGGCAGGAGUGGGUCUUCACACUGUACAAUUUUGACAACAGUGGCAAGGUCACAAAGGAGGAUAUGUCCAGUCUGAUACACUCCAUGUACGAGGUUCUAGAGGCAUCAGUCAAGCAGCUUUGCAGUGAUAACACACCCCUGAAGAUCAAGCUGGCUGUUACUCCCUCAGCUUGCCCAGACAAGACCUCACAAACAGCCCCAGAGAAGGAGCAGAGUGCAGCUCAGGGGGUAGGAUGCCCAGUAAGGAAACUUUAUUGUGUGGAUGAAAACAUAGAACGCAGAAACCACUACCUGGAUUUGGCUGGUAUUGAAAACUACACCUCCAAAUUUGACAAUACAGAGUCACCCUGUCAGGAAUCCAGACAGCACAUACACUAUGCUCUUCGGCACCACACAGUGGUAGGAAGAGAGAGCUGCAUCCCGUCUGAGUCCCCCAGAAGUCUCUCUGUCCUUCAUUCCCCAAAAAGCAAGCCCACCUCAUUGGGGAAAGACAGGAGCAGAGGAGAGGGUAAACCCUGCAGGUUGCAUGGCCAACAUCCUGCUUCAUGGUGCCAUCCUACCCAGGCUCACCUUCCAUUAAAUUGUGUCCUGCAACGUACCCACAGCAAGAGGCUUCGCUCCAGGGUACAAGAUUCUCCUGCAGCCCUGAGACAUGCUGGCUCCCAGGUCCAGCCCGGGUGGGACAGGGAGAUAUUAAAUAAACUUCAGCCCUCCUCUGGGGCCCCUCUGGCCCAGAGACAUGAGCACCAUCACCACCAUGAGCACCACCAUCAUCACCAUCACCACUACCACCCUUCAUAAAUGCAUUUAAAAC